AUCUUUUUUCUUCCCUUUUUCCUCCUUUUCCCUUGUGCAGCCGCCGGACUGGAACUAUGGGGUCGGAAAACCCGAGCCCGCAGAACCCUGGCUGCAAGAUCAUGACCUUCCGACCCACUCUGGAGGAAUUUCGGGAUUUUGGGAAGUUCAUUGCCUACAUGGAGUCCCAGGGAGCUCACCGGGCAGGGCUGGCCAAGGUGAUCCCUCCCAAGGAGUGGAAACCACGGCGGACGUACGAUGACAUUGAUGACAUGGUGAUCCCAGCCCCCAUCCAGCAGGUGGUCACGGGCCAGUCUGGSCUCUUCACCCAGUACAACAUCCAGAAAAAACCCAUGACCGUGGGCGAGUACCGGCGCCUGGCCAACAGCGAGAAGUAUUGCACCCCUCGCCACCAGGAUUUUGAAGACCUGGAGCGGAAAUAUUGGAAGAACCUGACCUUUGUGUCUCCCAUUUAUGGGGCCGAUAUCAGCGGCUCUCUGUAUGAUGCAGAYGUGGAUGAGUGGAACAUUGGGAAUCUGAACACCCUGCUGGACAUGGUGGAGCACGAGUGUGGCAUCAUCAUCGAGGGUGUGAACACUCCCUACCUCUACUUUGGGAUGUGGAAAACCACUUUUGCCUGGCACACAGAGGACAUGGAUCUCUACAGCAUCAACUACCUGCAUUUUGGGGAGCCCAAAUCCUGGUACGCCAUCCCCCCAGAACAUGGCAAGAGGUUGGAACGCCUGGCCAAAGGAUUUUUCCCGGGAAGCUCUCAGGGAUGCGACGCUUUCCUCCGGCACAAGAUGACCCUCAUUUCUCCCUCCAUCCUGAAGAAAUAUGGGAUUCCCUUCGACAGGAUCACCCAGGAAGCAGGAGAGUUCAUGAUCACAUUUCCUUACGGUUACCACGCUGGUUUCAACCACGGCUUCAACUGCGCCGAGUCCACCAAUUUYGCCACUUUGCGCUGGAUCGACUACGGGAAAAUGGCAACACAGGUGGGGUGAGGGGCUGGAGCAAAC